AUAUAAGAGCGAGCCAUAAAACCGAUUGGAUAAAAUGUAAAAUACGCCUUCCAACCAGUGAUUAGCACAUGUCAUUGGCUGUAUACGUUCUACGUUUUCCCGUCCUCCAGCAGACAGUCGCAAGCGUGUUUUUUUUAGAAGAGACGGGUUUUAUGACAGUAAACGUAAUGUUUUACCACUGAAUUUAUUUACUAACUCUCACUUUCACAAUUGGGAUGGUAAAUAGAAAACAGAGCAACUGAGAUGUCCAACAUAGUGCAGAAAUCGUUCACAUUCGAAGAAUACGAAGACCCGAAGCAAUCACUGAAUGUUUCCAUCCCUGAGGUCCUUGACCCACAAUAUGGGAUGCAUGUAUGGCCCUCUGCAGUGGUAUUAGCACAAUAUGUGUGGACACAUAGGGAAGAGCUGAUGCACAAAACAGUGCUAGAGCUUGGCGCUGGCGUGUGUUUACCUGGUGUGGUGGCAGCAAAGUGUGGGGCACAAGUGAUCUUGUCAGACAGUGCAGAACUUCCACUGUGCCUGGAGAACUGUAGGCGCACCUGUGAAGUGAAUGAACUGCCCAAUGUGCGUGUGGUGGGUAUUACCUGGGGAGAAGUCUCCCCAGACCUUCUGCUCCUCCCUCCAUUAGACAUCAUCUUGGGAUCGGACGUUUUCUAUGAGCCUCAAGAUUUUGAAAAUGUCCUGGUGACCAUCUCCUUCCUCUUGAGAAAAAACCCUGAAGCCCAAUUUUGGACAACUUACCAAGAGAGAAGCGCCGACUGGUCCAUAGAGGCAUUGCUGCACAAAUGGAACUUGAAGUGUCUCAACAUUCCACUGGAGAAAUUCCAUGCCAACAAAGAUCAACUAGCUGGAUCAACACUUCCUGGAAGCCAUACUAUACAAAUGAUUAUAACUGAGGACAAGGAAAGCUGAAUGAAAGAAUUGUCAAUUUAUCCUUCAGUUACUACCAGCAAGGCACAUUCAAAGUCAAAUAGUCAAGACGCAAUACAAGAUCAAUGGUUCAAAAUGCAAUGAAUUAUAAAAUAGUUUAAGUUGUAUAGUGUUCUGUUAAAGUUUUAAAAUAAAAUGAUAA